AUGCCCUCGCUCGAGACGUCGCCGCUCCCGCUCGCCGACUCGCUCGACCAGGUCUACACCCAGGCGGCACUCUCGCACGAAGGCGAGCGAUGGAACGACGUCUUUGAAGAGUUCAAGCGCGAGUACGGCGUCGCGGUCGACAGGGUCGCGCGCGCUCCGGGCAGGGUCAACAUCAUCGGCGAGCACAUCGACUACUGCGGCUUCUCCGUCCUCCCCGCCGCCAUCGAGCGAGACGUCCUCGUCGCAUUUUCCACCGCGUCGCCGUCCUCCUCUGGGAAGGACAUCCCGUCGCCCUCAGAAAAGGGCAAGACGGUCUUUGUCCUGCGCAACUCGUCGUCCAAGUUCUCGCCGACCUCGUUCGAAGUCGACUUGACCGGCGACGGAACCGACGUCGCCCUCCCGCAAGAACACCACUGGUCGUCCUACUUCAUCGCCGGCACGAAGGGCAUCCUCGGCCACCUCUACCGCAAGCCCCGCCAGUCGGAGUUCACCCCGCCCGAGCGCGUGCUCAUCCUCGUCAAUGGCACCGUCCCUGAGGGAAGCGGGCUGAGCUCGUCGUCCGCCAUGACGACUGCGAGCGCGAUCGCUGUCCUCGAGAUUGUCGGGCGGAGGGAAGGAGACGACGGGAUCAGCAGGCGGGACGUGACCAACGUCGCUAUCGAGAGUGAGCGUCUCGUUGGGGUCAACUCGGGCGGCAUGGACCAGUCCGCAUCCGUCUUCAGCCGUCCCAUGCACCUCCUGCACAUCGAGUUCAUCCCGACUCUCGAGGCGCGGGCGAUCCCUCUCCCGCAGACCAACCCGCCGUUCUCGUUCGUCAUCGCCAACACGCUCGUCACCUCGAACAAGAAGGUCACGGCCAAAUACCACUACAACCUGCGUGUCGUCGAGUGCCGCCUCGGCGCGCUGCUGCUCGCCAAGUUCCUCGGCCUGCACUACACGCACGAGACCCGCCCCUUCCCCUCGUACAAGACCCUUCUCGACGCGUACUUCAAGAACCGCGGUCCCACGCACGGUCCGAUCCGGAGCAACUCGCAGCGACCGGAGAAGCUCGUGCCAGACGGCGCGACGGUUCCUGCUCUUCCCUCUUCGCGACUUCCACCGAAGACCGCGAGCGGGACGCACGAGUUGAAGACUAUGCUGGGGUUGAUUGGGCAGGCGCUUGGAGGACCGGGAAUGGAGGAUGGGAUGACGUGGGAACAGGUUGCGGAGAGACUCGAGGUCGACCCGAAGGUGUUGGAGAAGAGCGUGACGGAUCGCGAGGUCGAGCCGAAGGAUGGGCGGUUCAAGCUGUGGACUAGGGCGAGGCAUGUGUUCACCGAGGCGCUUCGCGUCUACGAGUUCAAGGACCUUUUGUGUGACACCGCCGCGACGUCUCAGCGCGCCUCACCCUCCGACAUCGAGGACGGUCACACUACGCCCAUCCUCGAGACCUCCGCCUCCGACUCGCUUCCCGACCUGCAGACCGCCCCCGUCGACCCCUACUCGACCUCGUCCCUCGCCGUGCCGAAGCACGCGGAUCCCUCGAGCUACCUCCUCGAACAGAUGGGCAAGCUGAUGAAUGAGAGUAUGGAGAGUUGUCAGAAGGACUACGAGUGCUCGUGUCCCGAGUUGGACGAGUUGGUCUCGAUUGCGCGGGAGAAUGGCGCGCUCGGGAGUCGUGUGACGGGUGCGGGGUGGGGCGGCGCGACCGUCUCUCUCGUCCGCGAACCCGACGUCCCGCGCUUCAUCGACGCUCUCAAGUCCGACUACUACAACAAGCGGUUCCCGAACCUGUCGGAGCAAGAACUGGCCGACGCCGUGCUCGCGACGAAGCCGGAACAGGGCGCACUGCUCUUCCAAAACUCGGAUUGA